AUGUCGUUCUUAACAAUAUCAUUAGGCACCAAACAUGUACACUAUGGGAUAUAUGUCUUAAUGGUGUACAUAUUGGGAUCAAUUUUCAGACUGAAUUCUGCCAUCUCUACGGACUACAACUUCAGAGAAGUGACAAAAACAAAAGAACAGAACCACGUCGGGGCAGUUUUACAAACAUCGCUUUGGAAUUAUAAGCUGGGAUGCGCUAGUACGUGUGACACUUCCAAUUGUCUGUCUUUCUCCUACAACUCUGUCACACUGGAAUGCAAGACUUAUGGGGAAGAGAUUUGUUACCAUGACGACGGUGUCACGUCAUCUUCACUUCGAUUCUACACGAAAGUGGUAAUCUUUAGCUCUCUGAGUCACUGUGGAGAUGUGCCCCAUGUUCAUUGUUCGGGAGUGUACACAAUAGACGGAACUAGUAACAUCGACGUAUACUGUGAUAUUGACACUGCCGGGGGACCAUGGACGAUUGUCGCUAACAGGUAUGACGGGUCUGUAGACUUUUACAAAACAUGGAAUGAAUACAGGAAUGGUUUUGGAGAUUUGACAGGAGAGUUCUGGCUAGGUUUCGAGAAUCUAAGACUCCUGCUUGCCCAGAAUAUGAAACUUCGAAUCGAGAUGGAAGGAUGGAGUGGAACCCAAAGAUACGUUGAGUACAGUACAUUUCAGAUAUCAGACGAGGCGUCGGAAUACGUGUUGACGGUCGGUGGAUACUACACUCCAGAUGGACUGUUUAACGCCCUUUCCUACCACAACGGUAGGCGUUUCUCUACAUUGGACAACGAUAACGAUGGAUUCAGUGGCAACUGCGCAAGUAGUGCUCAUGGAGCAUGGUGGUACGAUGAGUGUAUUGACUCAAAUUUGUUUGGAAUAUACCAGUCAGAAAAUGGUUAUCAAUCCAUGGUCUGGAAGUACUUCUACGCCACUGACACCAGUUAUACAGCGGUCAAAAAGGUCAGAAUGAUGUUGGUGAAAAAAUAG